CUGACAAAUAGUUACUUCUAACAUUGUUCGUUGGGACAACCGCAUUAUUAUCUCGUGACGAAAACCAAUAUCUCAGCGUCAAACAAGGCUGGAAAUGUUUGAAACAGAUAGAAUUAUGGGAUCAAGUCCUUUAUAUUUAUAAAAUUGUAUCUUACCUAAAAGUUCGAAGUGCAGGUUACGCGACAUCAUUUAUUACCCGCGUACCCGCCUUAGCCUUGGCUCUUUCACUGUCUUCACUGUACCUCCCCGUACGGCCUGACCUCUCGCCUCAGUUGUUCACGAUCCAAUGAACCCGCCUUGUCAAUAGUAAUGCAUUGACCGUCUCGUCCAACUUAAUCCUUUGUAGCCAUUGCCUUUCCACUAAUCUACCACCUAGAAUCAAAGGAACCUUCACUUCCAUCUCUCACUUCUACCACUGCUACCCAAUCAUUACUUGCAACGCUGCCUAAGGUAUCACAGAUCUUAGGAACAAAUCUACCUAAUCCUUCCUUUCCCAUCCAGUUAAUCCAGUUAGUCGUACGGCUAUCUGGUAAAUACUACCUGCCGCCAUGCCGAAGGACGUAGAGAGAUCUACCAAGCUCAAGGACGAUGGAAAUCGUCUCUUCCAGGCCGGCGACUAUGUAGGCGCUGAGAGCCUCUACUCGAAAGCUAUCAUCGCCGACGAGUCGAACUAUUCUCUGUACACUAACCGUGCUAUGGCAAGAAUCCGACUCAAUCUGUAUGAGUCUGCCAUUGCGGACUGUAACGAGUGCAUCAAGCUGAGUAAGGACAACCUUAAGGGCUACUUCGUCCUCUCCCAGGGCCAGCUCGCCAUCCAUGACUACGACGCCGCCCUCCAAAGCGCCCUACACGCCCAUCGCCUGUGUGUCGAGACGAACGAGAAGUCGCUGGCUCCCAUCACCAACCAAGUCCUGCGCUGCAAGAAGGAGCGCUGGGAAGACAUGGAGAAGAAGAGAACCCGCGAGGGUCGGGAGCUAGAGAACGAAAUCGCCGAGCUGAUGCAGCGCGAACGUGACGACAUGGUUAACUCGUGCUCCAACGACGCCGACCGGGACGAAGUCGCCCAGGAAUGGGAGCAGAAGAUUGCUCUGUUCAAGGCGACUUUCGAGAAGGCUCGCACUGAGGAUCAGCAAAAGCGAGAGGUUCCGGACUGGGCGAUCGACGACAUCAGCUUCGCUAUCAUGGUCGAUCCCGUCAUGACCAAGACCGGCAAGUCUUACGAGCGAGCAUCUAUCAUGGAGCAUCUUCGUAGACACCCUACCGACCCUCUCACGAGAGAGGUUUUGCACCCCAACGAGCUUCGACCUAACCUUCAACUCAAGGAAGCUUGCCAAGAGUUCCUCGACAACAAUGGAUGGGCUGUGGAUUGGUAGUAAAUAUCUUACAACUAUUGAAUUCUCGAGAUGGUUUAGUUGAAGCAGAUACUUCGGCGAAAGAAAGCCGAGGAAGAAUGUACCAUAGGAGGAGGAUUUAUCGUUGAUUUCAGCAAGCCUUGCAUCGGACGGCGUUUUACGGUGGUUUAGCCGGGUCACGGAUAGACCUGGUAGGGAUAUCUGACUCUGCAGCAUGAGCAAUGGGAAUAUGAGGAACUAGUCACGAGCAACGACGGCGCGCUUGUUUUUAAUGUGGACAUAUCGCGAGUCUCAUGGUCACUCAUGCACUGCAUAGCACCAAUUCGAUGAUUUCUUUUCGGAA